GAUUGAGACCACGAUGGAACCAUUGGCAGCCAGCCGUUUAUUCUGGUGGAAUAUUUAACAUGGGAAAUGCUCUUUGAGAACCCUCACAAUGGCAGCCUCUCCCAGCCGGGGUAUACGUAGACUAGCCAUUUACAUGGAAAUAAAUAUCACAUUAAACAAAUUAAUAUUUGAAUGGGCGUUUGGUGACAUACCUGGUGGAAUAGUUAACAUGGGAAAUGCUCUUUGAGAACCCUCACAAUGGCAGCCUAACAUGAGAGAAAGACAAGCUGAAGUACACAUUCUUGGCGCAGUCCACGCUAGCUAAGUAGCUACGACCAAAGCACAUGGUAGCCAAGCUAGCGAUCCUAAGCCUAAAGUCCAUUUAAAUGUAAUAACCGAUUCCAAGGAACACAAUAUAUAUAUGUACAAGCAACCAAGUAUUAAUACAGUAUUAUGUACAUUUAGACUCCCGUAAUACAUCGCCAAAGUGUGGAUUCAUAUUUAACUGCUCUGACUACCUACCUCUCCCAGCCGGGGUAUACGUAGACUGAGGAGAGGAGGCAGCAACGUACAAUACAACCCCCGCAUUCCGCUAGGGGGAGCUCUAGCACUCCAACCAAGGCUCCCACUACCACAGCCAGCGCAAGGAUCUCGCUGGCAAUGGCAAGUGGGAAGCAUUAACCCUGCUACACAUGACAAAUAAUUUUUCUUUCUUUCUACAUUAAGGAUGAGUUUUCAUCUCAUUAAGUUUGCCGACGGGGACAUUGCUGUGGUCCCGGAAAAUUGGUGUGAUGACGGGAUGGUGUACUGGCCAAAAUAUAAAAACACCGAACGUGCCAAAAGGGCAGCGGCCAACAGUGAGACACCAGAGUCAAACUGGCCAAAAUAUGACAUCAUGGUCAUCAGAACUUGUGACAACUACAAAGAUGCCUGUAGGCUAAUGGAGAAGUACCAGACGGGCUGCAACACCACUGAUCUUCAGUCUGAGGCAGAGGAGGAGUGUGGGCUGCCAGAUAAACGACCAAGGAAGGCAGUGCAUCACUUUGGGGACUCUGAUGAGAGUGAAGAUGGUGGCCAAUUGCACUGGCAGACUCCAACAUCUCGCCGAGGGCCAGGCAGCAGCAGCAGAGUCUCUCCUCGACUUGAGGAAAACUGUCUAGCACCUCACCAUGGGGCAGGACCGCAACAACCGUUGCCAAAACAACUCCGGAGAGUUACUCAAGGAACGGCAGUCCCUCCUCUUCUCCCUCCACCCCCUCCACCCCCGACAUCAACCCUGAGCCUGCGGCCAACAGAGGAGCCUUCUUCAAUCCCCGCCAUCGGACCAACAUGGCGAGGGGGAAGAAUGAAUGAGUCCAUUCCCUGCUCUGUGGCUGAAGUCCACAUCCUCAACCUGCUGGAGACGAUUAAAACGCAGCAAGACCAGCUUGUGGCAAAGGUCAACUACCUCUGCAGCAGGAUGAACAGCACCCCGGGGCCAGAAGUUGAGAUGCCUGAUAAUAUUAAUCUCCCGUUGGAACACCUGGAGGCAGUGGAGGCAUUUGAGGUGUUUUUAAAAGAACCCUCAAACCACCCAGCUCGACAGAGAAUAGUGAGUCUUCUUAAUAUGAAUGGUCCAUGCUAUAAUGCUAUUAGGUAUAUUGAUUGUCCAUGA